CGCGCGCAGACAGGGAAAGAGCGCCGCGCUGCACGCAAGCGCGCAACGAAGCUCCCAAGCACACGAGCAGGGAAAGGGCACGAGACUAUCGUUAGCGGGCGAAGUAGUACACAUAACCCGGAUGAAGCAACAGAACUUACGUCAUCCCAGCGUUCUGCGAUAAAUGUAGUGUGGUUCGGAACCAACUUAGGUCGCUUUCUCUUCUGCUCAGCACUCGUUCUGUGGAUAGAUGCUCUUGGAUUUAAGUCGGGGAACAGGAAUCACGAAUGGUUGGCAAAGCAGACCGCAGCAAAUCGCGCGCGAGACGCACAGACGCACAAGCGAAUCCGGAGACUUUCUUCUCGCAAUCGCUUCACAGAGCUGCUGACAAGAUGUGGUUAGAUGUACAAGAAGUGCAUGAAAAUAAGAACUGGAUGAAGAUGCAGGAGCUGGUGCAGGAGCAAACAUCACAUUUAAGCCGGAGCAGCAGUAGUGCUGCUACGGGCGAGAAUCUUACUGCAACACCAACAGCGGAGCAAUAUCGCGGAGCGGAUCUUGUGACUUGGUGCCAGGCUUGUGUCCGCCUUUUUGUAGCGCGUGAGGCGGCCAAGCUCCUGAGCCGGUCGUUUUGUGCACUACCUAGCCAGGAGCGUCCUCGCGGCACGGGAACCGUGGAAACGGGCGCAACAAAUGGAGAAAAAACUUCCGCGACAUAUGCAUCCGCGGAAGCCUAUCUAGACGAGGCCGGGCGACUUGAUGUUCUUCGUGAAAAGAGUGAAUAUGACGCCGGACUCUCCACGUUGCCGAGUGAUGAAACAUUUAGCGCGUCCCUUGCUGUAAAGGAGCUUGUGGAGCUUGCCGGGGGAGUGUUAGCACUGUGGGGAACAAAUGGAAAUAUAGGGGAAGAAUUUGCAUAUCGAGACGUCCAGCAUCAAUAUUCCACGUUUUCAGAGGUAGUAGCACCUGAUCGCCACUCUAGUAGAGCACUGUCAUCUCCUACGAAAAGAACCGAUAAGAAUGUGGAUAUAGAAAAACCUGAUGAAGAACGAGGGCACUCAGAGAAAGACGAAUGCGCAUUGAUGAUGCAUGACGUACGAGGGAGCGUUCCCAGCGCGGAUUCGUUAGAGUCGGAUCUGCGACACGUUGCGGCAGCCGCGGCCGAAGCUGCGUCAUGUAGUACGGUAUUUGAGUGCCGACUGCGAAGCGCGUUGCUGGCUGUGUGUUGCGAUCACUGACGCAUGAAGCCUUUAUCAAUGACUUGAAGACAUAUGUCAAAUAGGCUGUUGUUUUGGCUGAAGAAGGCACUGUCGUUUUUAAUUUGCGUUUCUCUUUUGCGUUUCGGAGUUCAUAACGGAGUUUGUGCAUACUUAAUAGCUGUUCGCUCUGCAGCCGGCGUCAUGCUUAUUUUCAGUCAAGCCGCUAAUAGUGAAAUUACUAGCAUACUGGAAGAUAUUAUUUAACGAAAAUGUAUUAGAACGUAUCGUCAAUGAAAUCUUAGGCACGCUGCCGAAUAGAUUCGAGGCGUCAUAUUCGUCCGCUACGCGCUUACUCUGAUAAAAUAAUGGUCCGGGUAAAAUGCGGCCGACGCUCCUAAGUUGGGCGUCACGCGUCGUUUCAAUAUUUCUUCUAAAUUUUCCUACGCUCGCAGGAUUUGAUCCCUGGUUCAAUGUGCAAGUGAGUCUUAAGUUUCAGGUCAGCAGAGCACAUGUCAAAAAUAGCAAUCGACUGCAAUCGAGAGGUAGACAACAAAUACACGUUUUAGUUGUUGAAAAGAAAAUAGGAGAGCUGCAUCGCUGCGCAUCCGGACAGAGCACUACUUUGCAAUUCGAAUGAAAAUUGAAGUUGCUUCUAGUACGAAAAAUACUCCGAUAACCAGCACAGUGGAGGUAGUCAAAAC